AUGCCGGGGCUAACGAGGAGCUGUGUUUUCUGGGUUGUGUCUGCCAUCCUUCUGACAGGAUACUUUGACACAGUGUGUCAGGAGACGGUGUGGGAGACGUUCAAGAUCUUCUGGGACCGUCUACCUGAGAGAGAUGAGUACCAGGCCUGGGUUAACUUAUGUCAGGAUGGAACUGUCAGCGUGAUGGAGAUUGGCAGCAACUUCAGCCGAUCAGAGGAGCACGUCUCUCUUGUUAGGGCUGUGAAUAAUGAAGUCAUUGUCGUACAGCCAGACACCUUCUCAACCUUGCGAGGAGAUGUUGACAUCAUUCCUGUCAUUACUGCAGAGCCAGUUGAGGAGGUCACAGAGAUGGUCCCGCCAGAAACGACUGACUAUGUGACUGAAGAUGCUGACAUCGACGUCACCUCAGAGACCGACGAUACAAUACAGGAGAUAGGAGAGGACGCCACUACCAAAGCUGCCUUUGACGUCAACUCCGAAACAGCAGUUGAAGUCAUUGCUGAGACUAGUGAUGAGGCUGUCCAGGAGGUUAAUAUGGCUGCUGUUGAGGAAACAUCCGAUGCUACCUCAGAUGACACUGUGGAGAUCACACCUGAACCUAUUGUCACUGUCAUCCACGAGCCCAUUAAUGAGGUAAUUGGGAAAAUGGAUGAGGAAGUAAUCUCAGAUACCACACACAAUACAGUGGAGGAGGCAGAAGAGGCCGCUGCAGAGGUCCCACCAGAAGCUGCCAUUGAGAUCCCUAUAGAGGUCCCAUCAGAGGCUGCCGUUGAGAUCCCUGCAGAGGUCCCACCAGAAGCUGCCAUUGAGAUCCCUAUAGAGGUCCCAUCAGAGGCUGCCGUUGAGAUCCCUGCAGAGGUCCCACCAGAAGCUGCCAUUGAGAUCCCUAUAGAGGUCCCAUCAGAGGCUGCCGUUGAGAUCCCUGCAGAGGUCCCACCAGAAGCUGCCAUUGAGAUCCCUAUAGAGGUCCCAUCAGAGGCUGCCGUUGAGAUCCCUGCAGAGGUCCCACCAGAAGCUGCCAUUGAGAUCCCUAUAGAGGUCCCAUCAGAGGCUGCCGUUGAGAUCCCUGCAGAGGUCCCACCAGAAGCUGCCAUUGAGAUCCCUAUAGAGGUCCCAUCAGAGGCUGCCGUUGAGAUCCCUGCAGAGAUCCCUUCAGAAGCUGCCAUCGAGAUGCCUGUUGGGUCCACAGACAAGGAUAUGCCAGAGCCUGAAAUAAAAUUUAUUCCAGAAACUUCUUUGGAGGACAUUUCUGAAACCACCUCUGAAGCGCCUUCAGAGUCUGCCACAGAAAUCACUUCAGAUACCAUAGACAAGGAGAUCACAGAGGGCGCCACAGAAAUCACUUCAGAUACCAUAGACAAGGAGAUCACAGAGGGUGCCACAGAAAUCACUUCAGAUACCAUAGACAAGGAGAUCACGGGUGCUACAGAAAUCACUUCAGAUACCAUAGACAAGGAGAUCACAGAGGGUGCUACAGAAAUCACUUCAGAUACCAUAGACAAGGAGAUCACAGAGGGUGCUACAGAAAUCACUUCAGAUACCAUACACAAGGAGAUCACAGAGGGUGCCACAGAAAUCACUUCAGAUACCAUAAACAAGGAGAUCACAGAGGGUGCCACAGAAAUCACUUCAGAUACCAUAGACAAGAAGAUCACAGAGGGUGCUACAGAAAUCACUUCAGAUACCAUAGACAAGGAGAUCACGGGUGCUACAGAAAUCACUUCAGAUACCAUAGACAAGGAGAUCACAGAGGGUGCUACAGAAAUCACUUCAGAUACCAUAGACAAGGAGAUCACAGAGGGUGCUACAGAAAUCACUUCAGAUACCAUAGACAAGGAGAUCACAGAGGGCACUGCAGAAAUCACAUCAGAUACCAUAGAUGAGGAGAUUAAAAAGGCUGCCACAGAGGUCACUUCAGAUACCACAGAUGAGGAGAUUAAAGAGGCUGCCACAGAGGUCACUUCAGAUACCACAGAUGAGGAGAUUAAAAAGGCUGCCACAGAGGUCACUUCAGAUACCACAGAUGAGGAGAUCACAGAGGCUGCGGUAGAAGAAAACAUCCCUUUGGAGACCACUUCAGACAUUGCCACCAAGGCAACGUCAGAAGAUACUACAGAUGAGGAUAUUCCAGAGGAUGCAGCAGAAUUAACUCCAGACAUUUCUCCAGAGGACACAUCUGAGACUACAGAUGAGGAAGCUGCAGCGGAGUUGAUUCCAGAAGUUUCUCCAGAGGAUUCAGAUGGAGACGUUCAGGAGCUCCCUGUGGAGGUCACCUCAGAGGCUACAGUAAAUGUUGCCCUAGAAGACACUGAAGAGGAGACCCCUGAGAUUUUAGAGGAAGUUAUCUCAGACGCUGCAACGCAUUUGAUACUCGAGGCUACGGAGGAGAUCACUCCAGAGACUGUACUAGAGGAUACUUUGGCCACUACUACUAAUGAAGUGGUAAUAGAGAUUGGUCCUGAGGAAGAAGUCACUCCAGAAACUUCAGUAAAGGCCAUUCCAGAGGAUGUAACAGGGAUCACUGAAGAAGCAACAAUAAAGGCUGAAGUCACUCCUGAGGCUGAAGUAGAGAUGAAGGAAGUUACGGUGGAGGUCACCUCAGAAGCCACUUUGGAGGUCACUCCUGAGGUUGAAGUAGAGGAAACUUCAGAAUAUGUAGUGGAGGAACCUCCAGAGGCUGCUGAAGAAGUUCCUGAGGAAGCAGGAGAGGUCCCUUUGGAGACUGCAGUGGAAGACACUCCAGAGUCUGUAGAAGAAAUCCCCCCAGAGAUUGUAGAGAUAACUCUGGAAGCUGUUGAAGAAGACACUCCAGAGGCUGUAGAAGAAAUAGUUUCAGUGACUCCAGAAGAGAUAGCACCAGAACCUUCAGAGGACGAAACUCCAGAACCUUCAGAGGAGCAAAUUCCAGAACCUUCAGAGGACUGUGACUUCUGA